GGCAGAGGCAUCCCCGCGCUACCGCACAGGAAUACUUUAUAUGUGCCUGCCGCAACCAAAGCGCAGCACAAACCCCUUCCCAAACGCUCCGCGAUGUCCUCACGCCCUGAGCAGAUGAGAGGCAUUUGCGGGUUUUAUUGACUAUUCGCUUAAACCGCCGGCGGCUUUGCGUCCCGGCCGCUGGCAGCGCGAUCCCGCAGGAACUGCCCCCGGGAGAGGCGGGCUGGGCGCUGCCGCGGGGGAGCGGCCCGGGGGCGCGGACACAGGAGCCGCAGUGCCGCGGGGGCAGUGCGGCCCAGCGCGCCCAGACCCGCUCCCGGUUCGAGAGCCGGCCCCGGUGCCGACCCCCGCGGCCCCCAGCAUGCGGUGGCUGCUCUGCGCGCUGCUGCUGCUGCUGCUGCAGCUCGGCCGCGGUCGCUCCCCGGCCGCAGAGUUGUAUAGUCUGGAAAUAACCAACAACGGUCCCAUCACAACAGGAGCUCAAGCUACUGUUCAGGCCAGGCUAAGAAUGAAGAAUGAAAAUGUCACAUCAAACUGGUAUCACUUUAACUGGGUUUAUGCUCCACUGAUUCUGAUAGAGAAAUCAGAGCAGCAGUUUCAUUCCAUAAUUAAUGUGACCGGUGAAUUCCCUGGCACUUUCCCCGUGUCUGUCUGGGUGACUCACAAAAACUGUUGGUUGUGUCGGCCGAUUGCAAGAAAUAUCACAGUGCUUCAGAUUACAGAAUUUAUCACAGGGAACCUCACCAUAGCCCAGAUAGAAGACAGCAGAGUUACCACACAUGGUUCUAGUUCCUCCUUGGACACAGUGACCCGGAUUUCUUUCUCUCUUCAUGACCCAAGUCAUUACUUCAAGUCAGCAUCAUUUGUCUACAACUGGGAUUUUGGAGAUGGAGUUUACCAGAUUACCAAGGAGCCCUUUGUCUACUGCAACUGCUCCUCCAUGGGGAACCGCACGGUGCAUCUGAAGGUCGUAGCUGAAUGGGAGCAAACUGGAAGCAUCAUACACGAAAGAGAAAUCCUGCAGAAAACUGGUGAUUUUACCACAGCUCUGGAGCUCUUGGAUGCUGUUAAAAGUAUUGACAUAGUGGGCUCCAGAGAGACUCACGUAAUGGAAAACUUGAAUUUAUCUCUUCAUAUCAAUGGCACCCCACCACUGGCAUUAUGCUGGCUUAUAAAAUCCGAGUGCAUUCCUCUUGAAGGUGACAAAUGCCAUCUGGUGGAGAUCAGUGGCUCCUGCUACAACCUCAGCCACACCUUCAGGGACGCGGGACAGUAUUGCCUCAGUGUCAGGGUGGAGAACGGCGUGACAAUGCUGCAGACGUACCACGGGAUCAAAGUGCGGCCAGCAGGAAUCCACCCAGCUUUCUUUGUCCUGCUCUGCACUGCUCUGGUUUCAGUGAUGCUGGUAUUGGUGCUGUACACGACUUUUCGAAGUCACACACAACAAAAAGACCUCGUGGAGGUAGCUGACUUUGACUUUUCUCCACUGUCUGAUGAACGCCGGUCUAAUCAUUCCAAGUCAGGCUGUGGCCCAGUAUGUUGCAGAUCAUGUUUUCUUCAAUCAUCAAAAGAAGCUGCCUGGGAGAGUCAUGAACUUCUACAUUCACUUUACAAGCCAGUCAAAAUGUACACACUGUGAAGAACACAAUUGCACUUUGGUUGCACUGUCUAACUUUCUCACUUAGGCUAAGUCAAAAGCCUGGUGCUGCAUGAAUGGUUUGGUUUUGCCAAUGCAAUGAGGUUCACCACUUUAAGUCCAGCACUUGAGUACUUCAUUUUCUGAACUUAAAAAGAACAAGAAACACAGUAAAAGUAGCUUUGUAUUUUUAACUUAUACGGGUGUGUACACUUACAGCUGUAAAUGCAACAUUUUAUUCUUAUGGAAGAUUGUUUUAUGUGCAGGUUUGCUAAAUUCACUACCUCUUGUAAUUUCUCUGUUCCUUCUUUUCUCUUGUUUCAAAGAAGAAAAUGCUUAAGACACACAUACCUCCUUUCCUAUGUACAACAACAUUACUGGAAAUGGAAGUCAUCCAAAAUACUG